UGAAGAAAUUGGAUUCAACGUUUCAUUAAAGCAAUCGUCGAAGACGAGAAGUGAAAGAGCUUGUUCGUGUCAAUCUGAAAUUGCUUUUCGUCACGAUGAGACGUCUACAGGGUCCUGUAACGAAAACUUCUGGAGAGCGCACUGGGUACAAAUCAUCAGUUUUGCCAGGACACCGUGUAACUGGAGCCAGCGAGUCUGCUAAACCUGCACCAUCAGCUGCUAGAAUCUUAUCGCGAAACAAUACGUUCAGUGUUAUCAAGAAACCCUCUAGCAGUUUUUUGGGAGGUCCAACACCACACAGUGGAACGAUGCUCGGAGUGCAACGUGGUGCUCGCUGGGGUAGCGUGGACAAUUUAUCUGUGAAUCGAAAAACGGUGGUUCCAUCCCAGGGCAGUUCGAUCGCGAUGGAGAACAACCGGAGUGUUAAAUACUGUUCAUCGGAUGUUCGGCAAGCUAGCAUGAUACCGAUCAUGUUAUCCGCAUUUGUACAGCCACAGAAACCGAUGGACGGUUGUUCGGAAGUGCAUUCGCAAACGAGGCCUGCUGCAACUCAUACGCAUCGCGAUAGUGGAAGUAUGUUGUCGCAUAACAGAUCAGAAAUCCAAGUGAACAACGACUGUGCGCAGCAAUCUUGGGAGAUUGUUAGUGAAAAAGUGUCGAAUGUCGAACAGAAACUUGAUAAACUGAUGGAGCACUUGUGUAGUCUUGAUAAAAAGCAACACGCGGAAGAACAAUCCACGGCCAGCUGCGUCAAGUCAAUUAAGGAAGAGCUGAUUGCUGUAAAAACCAUAUGUAGCCAGCUUACGGAUCGCUUGGAUAUUCAACAACAAAUGAAUGAUUUUUUACAAAAGUUUAAAAGUUCCGAAUCUUCCAUGCCAAAGCCCUGCGCAAAACUUCAGAUAGCGAAUAAGUAUACAAAUCACCAAGCCAACAGGAGCAGAAACCCUGAAGCCGAUCAUCUGAUGUACGAAAGGGCUAUCACAGGUGUACCGAAAACAAAAUCUCGCCUGGCUAAAAUCCGACUUUGGAUGAAACGAAGCAAAAAUUAACAAAUAAUUGAAAAAUUCAAAUGUGCUCAAAGCAUGAACCCUUUACGGACUCCAAAUUUACAAUAAAAACAAUGUGGAC